CUUGGUCCUUACCUCGCUAUGUCUGCUUCAUCUCGCCUGUGGUCCAGUCCUAAGGCACAUCCUCCACUGCACUCCUAUCGACAUUAUUGUUCUUCUAUCCACCCUCCACCAUUCUGAUAAACUUCUCCAUGCUCCUGAGAUGCUAAACGCAGUACAUGUCCACGUCGACCAGAUCCUGAACCGCCGAUCCUGUCUCAACACCGCUUUGUUGAGCUUGGGACCCUAUUCCCAUCUUUUAUGAGACCGCAAGUCAGACCGAGGUGGAGGAGGCGUGGGAGAUAGAUUGGAGGACAUAGAUUCAACAGAACCGGAACCAUGGACAUACCUUCCAGGAAUGCCAGCUUCCUCCCAGGCGUCAAAUGCUCCAGCUGUGGCUGGGACAUGCAACUCGGCGAUGUUGCUGAACAUCGAUGCCAACCUCAAGCAGGCAACACUCCCCCAACGAAGCCCCCUUCCAACGUCUCUCCUAUCGUGUCCCAAACAAUCCCUCGCACCGCAUCUUCCACGACACUGGGCCUCAAAAAUGUCCGCCCACAAGAUAGACCAUUACUACCCAGGAUAGACCCUUCAGUCGCAUUCCGACCGUCUUUUCCCGGGGAAGUCACCCCUGCCAGCAGCGGGCACAGUUCAAUGGCUUCACCAGUGAGUGCCACUUCAGGGCCUCGGUCUCCAUUCCCAACCUCUCGCAAACCAUCGAUCCCUGGCCCUCGAAGACCCCCGACACCAGAGCUUACAAAUCUCGACUGUGCUUUCCCCCCAUUCCCUAUAGCCAGCAAAACCGGCACCACCAAAAGACGUGGCCGAGCCAUGACGCAGCAUAGCGACUCAAACCGAUCCAAGUCAAGAGAUCCGGCCAGAAAUCUCCCACCGCGGACCGCUAGUAGAGCUAUUCCGUUGACAAGAGCAUAUACUUCAGACAACCUGCCACAGGUCGGAGUUACUGCGGAAAUGAGAGCCCAAGCAUCAAAGGGCUCAAGCAGCAUCCACGACUCUGUUGCUGUGGAUGCUGACUCUCCUAGCCCUAGAUCUGAUCAGGCUGCCCCGGCUCACCAGGCCGGCCCCGUAUCAACAGCUAAACGAGAACCCACAAAGUCUGUUGUCGGAAAUGGAGGACUAUCACUAUUUCCUCAUGUUCCAAGACCAGAUCCAGGCUUGGAGUCAUUUGACUUCUCUAGCAAAUCCCCAACGGACGCAGCGGCUCCCACAAAUGACUCAACGACAGGUUCGAUAAACAUGCCCUACUCGCAAACAGGCGGUGUGGAGCCUUCGUAUAGAUCAAAACGGCCUCCACCCCUUACCAGUGGUCAGCAAAACCCAUCUGGGAUUGCUUCACGAUCGCCUGCCACCCCACUGACACCAUCAUCGAGUGUCUUAUCCAGAAGUCUCGGAAAGUUAUUUGGUCGACGUCGUUCACAAUCAGCAACCUCGCGACGAGAGGUUGCUCGCCAAGCUCUGAGCGACGAACCCGAUGACUACGAGACGGACAUGAUGAACAGAAACGUUCUGACUCCCAACAGCGACCACUCAUUUGUGACCUCGGAGCCGUCUCCCACCACCACCUCGCCUCUGAGAUCUCCUGAGCCAGCAGCCAAUGUUGAGGAUGCUCUAAGAAAGCUUUCUGGGCAUGAGGACUCUCUCAAGGCUCUUGAAGGGGUCGUGGAGGUCCCACGAGAGGCGCCUAUUGUCGUCAUUGAACCAGCGGCAGAACAGAGAGCAGCAUUAACAAUGCCUAAAACGCCCACGACCAUCGUCGAACAGGCAGCAGUAACUGCGUCCCCAGAAGCCGUUGCUGCAGGUCCGGAACCCCACGAAAGCAUUCACAGUCAGCGUGCUUCGAUCGACUCGGCCUCGUCCUAUGGUUCGGUGAGGUUUUCUGGCCACUCGGCAAGUUCAACGUCAAGUUCACCUCCAGUUGAGUCGGCGUCAACAAUGUCUACUACAUCCAUUGGUUUUGCAUACUCGAAUCUGCUCAAACCAGCUGAUGCUGAUGUGCCGGCACCUCUGAAGCUUCGAUCGCCAGGGCUGUCGGCUGAUGGAUCGGAGGCUGAGACGGACUUGCCAUUCAGGAAAGGGAGAUCCUCGAUGAUUGUCGAUGUUGGCAACGACAAUGUCAUCAAAGGACUGACACCACCAUCUGCUUCCCACGCAGGCGAAGUGGAACCACAAGCCCAGGGAUCGAACUCAGCACCAGAGCCGGUUGCCGAAGCGUCGAGCAAAAUCACUACGCCGAAUAAAGGGACAUGUCGCGGCUGCUCGCACAUCAUCCUAGUGACGCAGAAGUCGGUCUCGAGUGCGGACGGGCAGCUCAGCGGGAGGUACCACAAAGAAUGUUUUGUGUGCUGGACCUGCAAGCAGACCUUCCCAACGGCCGAAUUCUACGUCCACUCCGACCACCCGUACUGUGCACAGCAUUACCAUGAGAUGGAGGACUCGCUUUGUGCCACUUGUGGGAAGGGCAUCGAGGGCCUGUACAUUGAAACGGCCAACGUGGCGGGCCGUGGCAAGGAAAAACACCAUCCAGAGUGCUUGAAGUGCACCACCUGCAACGCUCAACUCUCACACGACUAUUUUGAAUUAUCAGGAAAGGUAUACUGUGAGCGAGACGCCUUUCGUCUGGCUACGAUGCCCAAAUCUCACGAGAACGCACCCAGUCGGCCCAGUCCUUUGGUGCGGGAAUACAUCAGCAGCGGGGAUCCCGGACUGGUCAAAGGCAGGAACUUUCCGGAGAGAAGAAUAACUAGACUAAUGAACAUGACAUAACAUGACGACAGCGAGAACAGCGUGUUGGGCAUUUGAGCACGGAGUUUACAUUUCUGCUGGUGGUUGAUUAGAUUGCUAGGACGGGAUAAUGGUUCCAGUUGGAGUCGGACGUGGGAUGCAUCAUCUCAAGGAGGUUUGAUAGUUUGAAGUGAGGAUAGCGCAGACAUGACACUUUUGGGUCACUACUGCCACGGCGUUUCUUCGCAUUGGGGGCUCUGCGGGCGGCUCGAGUGGAACCUGGCUGUUCCAGUUGAAGAGCAGACCGAGAAAGUACCCAUAAUGUAUAGCCUAGUUUGACCUCCUAGCCAGUUCGAAUCCUAUUCUUGUAUGUUUG